AACUCUCAAUUAUCCAAUACACAAUUGUCUCUCUUUCUCUCUCCUAAGAAAACCUUGUGACUUCUAGUCAGAAGAAAAGUUCACUGGAAAUUUCAAAACUUUUUUCAAUGGCAAACUAUUUCACAGGAAACUCCAACAUUUUGUCAACCAAUAAUCCAUUUACAUUUCUAGAUAAUGAUGUUAGUUGGGAAUUGUCAAAUCCAUUCUUGGCAAUCAACCAAUAUUUAGCACAAAACUCAAACUUGGAUCAUCAAAGUUUCAUUGGUUUUUCCCAUGAUCAAAUAAUCAUUAAUCCCAAUGAUCAAACAUCUGAAUUCCAUGUAAAAACUGCUAAAGAUGUUCAAGCUAAUUCAGCUGUAUCAUCUGGGAAUGGAAAUGAAUGCAGUGGAAAUGCAACCAACAACAAAAGAAAAGCAGAGGAUUUGGCAGAAAGCAGCAGCUCUUUGUACUCAUCAUCUCCUACAUCGAAUGAUCGAGCUCGAGUAAAGAAAAAUAGUUCAAACAGAGGAAAAAGAAGCAAAAGUAAUGAUAAAGAAGAAGGAAACCUCAAAGAAGUUGUUCAUGUUAGAGCUAGGCGUGGCCAAGCUACUGAUAGUCAUAGUAUUGCAGAAAGGGUAAGAAGAGGAAAGAUUAAUGAGAGGCUUAGAUGCUUGCAGGACAUUGUUCCUGGUUGCUACAAGACAAUGGGCAUGGCCGUGAUGUUAGAUGAGAUAAUCAAUUAUGUUCAGUCAUUGCAGAAUCAAGUUGAUUUUCUGUCAAUGAAACUUACUGCUGCCAGUCAAUUUUACGAUUUUAACGCCGAAAACGAGCCUGCAGAGAAAAAACAGAAGAUAAAGAUAUGCAACAGUGGAGAAACAGAAGAAGUGGAAAGAAUUAUUAGCAAAGAAGGAUAUGAUCAAGCACUACCCAAUUUCUUUCAACCAACAUGGCCCUUUUGACUUGGAUUUUGGAUUGUUGCUCCCGAUUGCUUUGUAUUUGAUGACAUGUGAUUCAUCCUCUUCUCAUUGUCAUUUUUAGUAACCCCUAAAAAUUAACAUAAGAACUAAAUUAAAUUCAACAAUUAUUUUAGGAAAAGGAUAAUUUACUUCUCCAUAGAUAAUUCCUCAUUAUUUAGUGUAAUUCAUUCAUUUCCCUAUCAAUAUUUGAAAGGGUACGUUGUCUAAAUUUUAUUGGCUAAUAAUAAAGGAGAGAAAAUUUAUGUUUUAUUUA